UCCAAGAUGAAUUUAAACGGAAUUAAAAUAAACCGUUGCGGUUUAUUAGUGAUUUUUGUAAUAGCUGUUAUGUUACUCUAUUACGCUAAUUUAUCAAGUGAUGGUGGAAAUGGAAAAUCUAAUUUAACUAAUAUUCGACAGUUGAUUAUUGGUUCCGUUGAAGCCGCAGUUAAUGGUGGAAAGGAAGUUGUUCUGAUUUCGGAGACUAAAAAUUUGGAUUUGAAGAGCAAAGGGAAGACUAGAGAAGGCGCUAAUGAUCCUGUGACUAAUGCAGAUUUGAGAUCACAUUGUGUGAUGUAUUAUGGUUUGAAUAAAAUGUUUCCCAAUAUAAAGAUUAUUUCGGAAGAGAAGGUUUCGGAGGCUGAAUGUCCAGUGAAGAAGCCUCUGGAGUUGGACUCUACCUUGUUGCAUAGUGAUGUACAUAAAUUGCUUGAUGAGAAUGUUAAUACGGAGGAUAUCACUGUUUGGAUUGAUCCUUUGGAUGCUACACAAGAAUUCACAGAAAGCCUAUACCAUUACGUGACGACAAUGGUGUGUGUGGCAGUGAGAGGAAAACCGAUUGUUGGAAUUAUACAUUUCCCGUUUACACAAAAGACUUAUUGGGCUUGGAUUGGGAACACAGCCUCCGACAGUUUACUGGAUAUUAAAAAUAAACCGGUAACAGAAAAGACUGAAAAUGCAGCUCCUACAUUCAUUGUAUCGAGAUCACAUGCUGGAGGUGUCAGUAAUAUUACAAAGACUGCAUUUGGAGCCCAAACCAAAGUUAUACCGGCUGGUGGAGCAGGUUAUAAAGCUAUCCAAGUUGCCCAAGGCAACGCAACAGUCUACAUCCACACCACGGUGAUCAAAAAAUGGGAUAUUUGUGCAGGCAAUGCAAUUCUGAAUUACCUCGAUGGAGACAUGACAACUUUAGUUGGUGAUAAAAUAGACUAUUCAUCCACUUCUAAUCCAAAGAACGAAGGAGGCUUAUUGGCAGCUUUGAAAGAUCAUAAAAUGUAUGUGGAACAACUCAAGAGUCGGUUUAAAUAAGGUAAGACGUUUUAUAAAUAGAAAAAGACUUGCUCAAGGAGUAAAAUA